GUGAUGUGGCGUCGUCGCAGGCGCACUAGUUCGACCGUUGGCUGCGCUGGUUGAUUGACGGUGUGCAUUUGGCAAAUAGUGAACGUCGACGAUCGCGGAUAGUAAUCGCAAUCGCGCGCGGUCAUUCGUUCGAUCGACGCACGGACGCGCUGACGGAUCUCGGCAGCGAGUUAAUGAUUCGAUAACACGUUCGACGCACCGGCACGUUCCCCCUUUUCUCUCUCUUCCUCUCCCUCCCCCUGCUCCCUCUCGUGUGUGAGUGUCCGAGAACGGCGUAGUCAGUUCGAAGCUCGGGUGAGACCGCAGACGCGAGGAGUCGCAUACCGGACGCGAAACAGUGAUGUCGACCAAGUCGAGCAAGAAGACCGCGGCGGCGGCGGCGGCCACGGCCGCCGCCUCUUCCGCCACCGCGGCCGCCUCGUCAUCGUCCGGCAACAUCCAACCGCCGCCGACGACGUCGACGCCGAUCGUUGGCGGCCGGCGACCCGGCAGCCCGCUCAGCCCGACACGGUAUUCACGACUGCAGGAGAAGCAGGAUCUGCAGAAUCUCAUAAACGCGUCGGACGCAUUUUGUCUCGCCGCCGCCGGAAACGAUCGAUCCCGACACGCGCGAGAAUUGGACAAGAAGACGAAGGACCUGCAGAUUUCAGAACGAAAUGCAAUGAUGUAUGAGACACGCUGCAACGACUUGCAGUCGCAAUUCAAUCAAUCACAGGCGGAGCGCAAGAGGUUGGCCGAGAGAGAACGAGAAUUGGACAAGGAAGUGGAACGGUUGAAAGUAUUGUUGGACGAUGCUCGCAAACAUCUGGAGGAUGAGACCCUCCAGCGAAUCGAUCUCGAGAACAAUAUUCAGAGCCUCAAAGAAGACAUCAGUUUCAAGGACCAGGUUUACCAGCAAGAACUUAUGGAGACUCGUACGAGACGACAGGUUGAAAUAUCGGAGAUCGAUGGUCGUCUCUCGGAGCAAUAUGAGGCUAAAUUGCAGCAAUCCUUGCAAGAAUUGCGCGAGCAGUAUGAGGCACAGAUGCGUGCCAAUCGAGAGGAGAUUGAACUUUUAUAUGAAAAUAAAAUCAAGAAUUUGGCAUCUCAUGCUCAGCGUAAUAGCGGAGUUGCCAGUAUGGCAACUGAGGAAUUACGACAGAUUCGCUCUCGAAACGAAGAGCUCAAUGCAAGAAUCAGUGAACUCGAAGCAGCCAUCAAUGCCCUUAAUAUGCGCAACAGGGAUUUGGAGAAUUUACGAGAGAACGAACGCGCUCAUCAUGCUGAAAGUUUGGCCGCAUUAGAAGCUGAAUUAACGCGUAUGCGAGAAGAGAUGGCUCAACAGUUGCAAGAAUAUCAGGAUCUUAUGGACAUUAAAGUGGCGCUUGAUUUGGAAAUUGCUGCAUAUCGCAAGUUGCUCGAGUCUGAAGAAGCUAGAUUGAAUAUUACACCUAUACAGUCGACGAACACGUCUCUGUCUACUAGUAGAGCAACUCCGUCCAGACAUACUCCUCUCAGAGGUGGCAAACGAAAACGUACUUUGUUGGAAGAAAGCGAAGAACGUAGCAGUAGUGAUUACAGUGUUACGGGUACUGCUAGGGGCGAUAUAGAGAUUACAGAGGCAGAUCCCCAGGGGCGAUUCGUAAAGCUUACCAAUAAAGGCAAUAAGGAAAUAAGUCUGGGUGGAUGGCAAAUUAUUCGCAAAGCCGGUUCUUUAGAAACCACCUUCAAGUUUCAUCGUAGCGUAAAACUCGAUGCAGGUGCUACUGUGAUGGUAUGGUCAGCUGAUAUUGGUGCAACCCACGAACCACCCUCCAAUAUCGUCAUGAAAGGACAGAAGUGGUUUGUAGGAGAUAACAUGAUUACAACUCUGACAAAUAUCGAAGGAGAGGAAAUGGCAACUUCUGAACGCAAAAGGCAACAGUUGUCCACAACCUUGUCCCGACACAGAGAAAGCUUAGGAUUCCGAACAACAGAAGAACUCCAUCACCAACAGAGCGAUCCCCAGGGUGAAGAGCGUUGCCACAUUAUGUGAACAUAAAUUUACCAUAAGCUUAAGGGAUAAUAUCAAAAGAUUUUAACAGCUUGUUUGAUAAUGGGGCUUUGUUCUGUAAGCGCCGUUUAGAAAUUAAAAUGAAAAUAAAAAAAAAGAAUAACGCGCCAUUAACACAAGAAAUUUAUUUAGAGUACAACUUCAGAGAUAUAUGAGAUACAAGAUUCAUUUAUAUUAACUGAUAUUCACUUUGAAGAGAAGACGAAUGAAAGCGCAAAAAUGAUUAAUAUUACAGUUGAAACAUUAUAUAACUUUCCUUACACUUAUGUAAUAACGUAAUAAGAAUAUAUAUGUAUAUGUAUAUGUAUAUGUACACAUAUGAGAAAAUAUUGUAUAAUAUAUUUGAACUGACAAGAGAGUUCAAAUCAAAUUUAACAAAUGGGUUCCGUGAUGUGAAUUAAAUACGUUUUUUUUUUUUUGCGCAUUUGUCGAUCUAUUACAUAAGGAAAAAAGAAUGAAGAUUGUACUAUUAUAUUGUGCUAAACCCGCAGUCGAUUAUCAAAUAUGGACGGGUUACUGGUACUUGUAUCCGGCAGACCUCUUCCUCUUUAUUGUGUGCUGCGUUACAAGUGUUCACGUUUAACUAUCUGUCUGUAUUCGCUUCGUAUUGUAAUAUCGAAAUAGCGAUUCCUCGACUGUGUUUUAAUGAUUCAUAAUUUCUUAAUUUAUGAUUACGUUUAUGUUCGUUCAUUUUUGUCCAAUAGAAAAUAUUCAAGAGAGCGAUUAGGUUACGAGUAUUUGUUCAUUUAAGUGUAACAGUAUAAGAUUGUGGGAAAGCUAAAUAUAAUAGAAGUAUAACUGUUAAUUAGAUGAACAAUUUCACCCGAAUGGGUCCCGAAGAAAACGUUCGAUUGAAUGUUAUUAUCAUUUUUUUAAUCAUGUAAUAUUUAAUUGAACAUCGCAUUUAUAUGAAGAAGAGCGCGUUCUUCGGCCGAGAUAAGCCGCGAAAUUGUGCAUCGAAUUGCACAGAUGCUGCCGAUAUCCAGUUGAUCUUUUUCUAUCAAAAUGAUUAUUUCAUGGAAAAUAUAGGAAACGUAUUUGUUUCUACAAUCGCGCCCACCUGUGCAUUCAAAAUGAUUUUUUUCUCUUAAUUGUAUUCAGCUUUAUGUCAUUUAUAUACUAAUAAUAAAAAUCACAAAUUAACCGUACAAAUAUACUCGUGAUUAUUAUUCUUCACGAUAUAUAUAUAUAUAUAAUAAUAGCAGCUGUUUUUAGGCGAACGUUAAAUUAGGGUAAGUCUUUGAUAGAGAGCAUCAAACCAUAAGGUUUAAAUGGACAGGUUACAAAUUGUUACAUCCCGAUUACGAGGAAGAUUUUCUUCUCUUUGUAUAAGAACGCUAUUUUAUCAGAUUGAGAAAAUGCACUUUCGAGUCAUUAAGAAUUGAUAGAUAUUUUCAAUGUCACUUCGAUUUUGUAAUAAAAUCCGUCAGUUUAAAAAAUGUAUUGCAUUCUUCCAAUAAAACUGUCUUGUUUUAUCACUUUA